GUUUUGAAAUGAACCUUUCUGACUUUGUUAGGGAUAUAAAACUUAUUCCAGGUUAUUUCUUCCACUCUGGCAGUAAUGGGAGCACUUUCUCUUUAAGAAAAGUGACAGCAACCAGCGGUGGAGGAGCUGGUCAGGAGGAGCUGGCCAGGAGCGGACGGCAGUGGAGGAAUCUCAAAACUUUUCCCAACAACACACACGCACACAUACAGACAGUGCAGUGGUCUGUUUACAGCUUCACUUCGUUCCCAGUUUGACCUGAAUGUGAAAAGACGGCUACGUUUUACUUACCGUGGCUGUCGAUGAUGAAGUGGAUGCUACUGACCGCUUGGAAAAAAGGAAACUUCCGAGAGGGAAAACUUGCGGAAUGAUGCCCGAGCGACUGCAUCACCUCCCUCCAAAGUUCAGCUAAGGUGGCUAACGUUAGCUAGCUUAGGAAGUUUUUUAUAGACUUGCCUCACUUGUGAGAACUAGCAGUAACUUAACACAGGUGUGGUGGACAAAGUGAGGGGGUUUUCUAAUACGGUGUUGCAAACUGAAUGCUUUCAUCCUCGGCUUGUUAUCUUACAGUAACGUUGUCAAGCUAAUCACUUUUAGCCAAGUGCAGCUAGCUGACAGACAGCUUUAGCCUUGUGUCAGCUGAAGUUCAGCACAUAACUAACUCACAGUGAGACAUGACAGGACACAGACUUGUUUCGUUUACCAGCAGCGCACUCAAAUCCGUCAUAAAAAGGCUGGGCUGCUUUUAACGUGUCUAUAAACAAGUGAACAACACAUGCAUGGACCGACUGGAGAAUAUCAACACUUGUUGGAUGCUACAAAGAGGAGAUGUGAAGGGAUGAGAAAGGAAACCCUGAUGACCGCAGUUUGAGAAAGACUUUUCAGAGGCCCAUUCUACAACCUGGAGCAUCUCUGCAUCGCUGCUGCAGUUGUUCAUCACCUACAACCAGAACGUCUGCGUCUUGGAUGAAGUGAAAAGCUCUAUAAUGAAGGUGACGGUGACAUUUGGGCAGACAGGUGUGGUUGUGCCCUGUAAGGAAGGGUGGACUGUGAGGGACCUCAUCCAGCAAGCCACGCAGAGAUACAGAAAACUGCUGGAACAGGAAGGGGACUUCCUGGUUCGGACUCACCAUGUUGAAUACUGUGAUGGGGGAAUUUUGGACCCUGAUGAUAUACUCAGUGAUCUGGUAGAAGACAAGGACAAGCUGAUGGCGGUGUAUGAGGAGCAGGAAGCCCAGCAGAGGGGUGCGGCUAACGCAAGCCUAGCCCCCAGCCCUGACCUCUACCAAUCCGAGCUCUCCGUCUUCCAGCCAAUCACAGGAGGGGAGAUAGAAGUCACUUCCUCAGCCCUCAAGUCCAAUACUCCCCUGCUGGUGAGAAGCAGCAGUGAUUCAGCCCUCGGGCCCCAGCCGUCUGAGACUGAACCCUCCCUCAAUGAGGACACCACUAUGAUGGCAGCGAGUCCCGCUGUGGAGAGGCCAGCAGGGGUGGAAAAACCCCAAGGCAAACAUACCUUCAAUGGCAGCCUGACCAGAAUAGUGGAGAUCCUGGGAGAGGACAGUCCCCUGGGAAUCCAUGUGGUUCCCUACAGCUCAUCCCUCAGUGGACGGCCUCUUGGUCUGUACAUCCGUGGAGUGGAGGAGGAGAGUCGCUCAAGAAAGGAGGGAUUGUUCCAGGAGGACGAGUGCAUCGUCAAGAUCAACAACAACGACCUCAUGGACAAGACCUUUAGCCAAGCCCAGGAAGUGUUUCGUCAGGCGAUGCGCUCAUCAGUUGUCCGUUUGGAAGUAGUUCCCUCCUCCAACAGAGAACGCUAUGAGAAGAGUCUGAUAGGGCACCUGGUUAACAGCAGCGCCGGCCCUGACGGCAGCCCCCGAAUCACCAAGACCAAAGAACCGCCUCCACCUGUCAAAGCCAAACCCGUGUUUAAACCUUCUGAGAAUCCAGCCAUGCGAUUGGCAGAGGACGCUGCCAAUCUAGAAGCUGCUGCGAGCACCCCCAAGGGGAGGAGUGAGAGCCCUCUUCCUAAGAAAAGUCCUGCCCUCUCCAGCUUGGUGACAAAUAAGCGAGGAGGACGAAGAUUGAGGAUUGACCUAAAGAAAGGUUCGGAAGGUCUUGGUUUUACUGUUGUAACCAGAGACUCUUCAGUUCAUGGCCCCGGUCCUAUUCUAGUCAAAAACAUUCUGCCACGUGGAGCUGCUGUUAAAGAUGGACGCCUACAGUCUGGAGACCGCAUACUAGAGGUCAACGGUGUUGAUAUCACAGGUGUGGGCCAGGAGGAAUUGGUGUGUAUGCUACGCAGCACGCGGCAGGGAGAGAGUGUGUGUCUUGUGGUCCUGCGGCAGGAAGACAUGUUCCUGCCCCGAGAAAUGAAGGACGAGGUGUCCCGUGGGCCAGGCUUUAUUUCGGAGAAUGGGAAGGAGCAGCUCAUGUUUGAGGUGCCUCUCAAUGACACCGGCUCGGCAGGGCUGGGCAUCAGCCUCAAAGGAAACAAGUCCAGGGAGACGGGAGAGGAUCUGGGAAUCUUUAUCAAAUCCAUAAUACACGGAGGGGCUGCAUACAAGGACGGGCGUCUGUGUAUCAAUGACCAGCUGGUAGCAGUUAACGGAGAGUCGCUGCUAGGACGCUCCAAUCAUGUGGCCAUGGAGACACUGCGCCACUCUAUGUCACAUGAGGGAAAUGUAAGAGGGACAAUCCAGCUUGUGGUCCUGAGGGCUCUGAAGGAACAACACGGAGUGUCACCCAAUCGCUCAUUUGACAGCUCCUCUAGCCUGCCCGGACUGAUGAGCCCAGUGAACGGCCUGACAGGAUUGGUCAGUCAGACCAACGGCCCCGUUCACCCUCCCAUGGUGAACAACAAUCUUUAUGCAUCUAACGCGACUAAUGGGAAUUAUUCCCACAUGGAUGAGGAAGAGGAGGGGGAACUGUGUGGACAUGAAACGGAAUUAAGAAGCUCUACACAAUACUCCUACAUACAGGAAAGGGAAACCUCUGGCCCAGCUCAGCCCCAGUCUCCUACCCAGAGCCAGAACCAGCGGCAGUUCCAGCAUGUUAAAGCAUCCAAGAGCAUGGACCUGGGUACGAAUCCGCAGCACACUGUGGCAGACGAGAGCAACGUAGGAUCCCUGGUCGGAAACACCGCAGCUCCAUCGACUCCUGUGGAACUCGGCCCUACCCUCGGCCUGAAAAAGUCCAGCUCGUUGGAGAGUCUCCAGACCGCCAUGUCAGAGGUUAACAGAAAAAACGAACUCCUCCCCUUCCACCGUCCUCGCCCGAAUAUGAUCAGAGGAAGAGGCUGCAACGAGAGCUUCAGAGCAGCUAUUGAUAAAUCCUAUGAUGGGCCGCCUGAGGAUGAUGAUGAUGACGGUUCAGAGCAGAGUUCAGGCCGGGACACCCCGGCAAGUAGUUCAUCCCGCCAGGGAGUUGGAGAUCAGAUAGAGGAGAAAGCAGGCAAAAAAAACAAGAAAAAGAAAGCGAAAACAAAGAAGAAAGAAAAGACCAAGGGGAAAGGAAAAGAAAAAGAGAAGAAGAAAGCAGAAGAAUCUGAAGAGACAGAAAAGAAGAGCAAGAAAAUAGGAUUCGGCCUGCUGAGAUUCGGGAAGAAAAAAGAGGAGAAGAAGGAAGCAAAGGCAGCUUUGCAGCGACAGAAGUCAGACAUUCUGAGUGAUCUGGAGCUCGAGAGGAUGAAAGAUGAGAGGGAGAGAAUCGAGGCAGGGCAUCCUGAGCUGCGGGAGCACCGGUCCAGAGACCAGCAGGGUGGAGGUGGCGGGUCCGCAUAUCCAGAUGUUGAGGACGAUGACGCAGACCCCAACUAUGCCCGAAUACAGUCCUUCAGGGACCGCAACAUGGGUUCAAUACCACAGCAGCCUCUGGCUCAGUCACCUCCUUACAGUACAAUUCAGCACAGCCAUGUCCGGACUCCAUCCCCCCAGGGCCCUUCAUCCUUUCCAGGGCAUGGAAAUCAUGGUAACGACCCUGGAGCCAUCCCUGAUGAUGAUCCCCUCGAUAGGCUUUACGCGAAGGUCAACAAAAGAGGAGCUGGGGCUCCGUCCCCACCUGUGUCUGCUGCUGCCAAUGACGGCAGUGUGGACAGGAUCCAGCAGCUAAGAAGAGAGUACCAGCAGGCGAGGAGAGAGGGAAUGGUGCCGCCUUAUGAGGAGUUGGACCCACGGCGCAGAGGGCAUGAAAACGACAGGAUGCCAGGCAGAGGAGCAGAUCAUCGAUUGGCACCACGGUAUGAAGAGGUGGAACGUCAAUAUGCGUCCUUACCAAGACGAGGUCCGUUGGAUCCAGCUGAUUACCCCAUGCAGCCCUGGUCAGGUCUUUACACCGGACCUCCGCAAGCCCCACAGGGAUACCCUCAGGCCCCGUCCUACCCCAACCCCAACCCCCAGUCUGGUCCAUCUUACUCCGGCUAUCCCCCCGGCCAGCCAUACUCACGGCCAGGGGACCCUCGGGGUGUUGACCCUGGGUACUACCCCCACCCAAGCUCCCAGCAGAGAGGGCCUUUGAGGCAAGAUGUGCCCCCGUCUCCUACCCCUCCACUUCGUGGUCUCCGGUACGACACUAUGACCCGUGGAGCUGGGGCUGGUUACAGGCACAUGGUGGAUCCUGGUCCAGACCAAUAUGGCUAUACUGGAGACAGUGGAAGACAGCAACAGCAACACCAAACCAACCCAAGACAGAAGAAUGCCAUGACUGCAGCUGUGUAGACAAAUCAGGUCCAGAGAUGAAAAUAAGCAGAGUACUAACUGCUUUCAGUACUUCAAUGAAACAGAGUUAAAACCUCAUAGUGGUGUGAUUUGAAUCACCAUCAUUAUCAAACAUUGUCUAUGCUGUUUGAAGUAUAUGGUAAUACACAGACAAGCAAGGUAAAGGAGGUUAAUUGUAGAGUGGCUGGCGUGAUGCAUAAUAUCAUGUUGUUUGAAGUCAUUUAAAUUGCCUCAGUUUUCUUCCUGGAGUAUAAAAUUAGCAGGGUUCUUACUUUUCUAUAUACUCUGAUGAAGUCUUCAAGAUUCAGCUGGAGCCAAAAAAGUAAUUGGAUCCAUUUAAAUUAAGCCAUUAAAGGCAUAGAAACAUAGAGCUUUACAGCCUCAUAUUUUAAACAAUACAACAGUACAACCGCUGCACCCACAAGACAAAAACUCUCUGAAACAUAAUGACUAGCACUGUAAUAUGCUAGUUAUGCUAGCUAUAACUUAUGUGGCCAUUCAUAUAGAUAAAUGACACCUUUCAGUCUGUCGGUUGGUCGUUCCACUACUUUGAUCAGAAUUUAAAUAUCUGAACUAUUGGAUGGAUUGCCAUGACAUUGGAUACAAACGUUUAUGUCCCCCUCAGGAUGAAUUGUAAUUUCUUUGGUGAUCCUCUGACUUUUCAUCAAGCACCAUCAUUAGGUCAAAGUUGCCCAGUUCUCUGGUUAAUGACCAAAUACCUGCACAACUAAUGUCAUUUCCAUCAGACUCUGCAGUGCUAAAGUACAGCGCCACUAGUGUGGCUAUAGACUCUUAGUCUUGUUUGUGUGAUAAAGUCAAAUUUAUUCUCAAAACUGAAGCAGUUCAUGUUAAGUAAAAUGUGAUUGCUGGGCUUUGAGUCUACUCCUUAGGGUAAGUUAAGAUGUAGACGAUUGAAAAAGUCAAAAUAUUCCUGUGUCUCCAAAGUGUGCGGAUUGAAACUAAUUAGCCUGAAGAUAUGGUUCUUUGCUGUAUGAGUAAAUGCUCCUGAAACCAAAAAAAACAUUCAAGACAGUAUAUCCAUACAUGUCAGAUUUACAAUAAAAACAUUAGCAUGGUUUUAGCAUAUGGUAUUAACUAUUUGGGCAACAGUUAUAGUUUUUUAAAGCAAUAGUUCAACAUUUUGGGAAAUAAAAAAUAUGCUUGUUUUCUUAUUUCUUGGCUCUGAGCUGUUGUCAGGCAACCAGUGACCAGAGACUCAAGGAAGUAACUGGCCAAGAAAUAAUACAGCACAUAAAUCCCAUAAAAUGACGAAUUGUUGUUUUUACAGUUUGGGUUUUGUACGGAUUAAACAAAUGAGACACGACAUGUUAAUCAGUGAGCUGGAACUGGUAGGCAGGUUUUAUAACUGCUGUCACUGUAGUGUUAUAUUUAAUGGAAAGAUAACUCUCUGCCAGAAAGAAAAUAAGAGUAUUUCCCCAAAUACUGAACUAUUCCUUUAAAUGAAGUGCUCAUUUUGAAGCCUAUUGUCUAUAUGCCAAACAGGGAGAACGCCACUAUACCGAUCUUUAUGACAGUACAUAUUUUGUCGUUGUGACUUGUCAAUGAAUUAUGGAACUUUUUGAAUAAUUGAAAUGCAUUAUAGCACAGUAGAGCACUGUAUGAACUAUCUUUCUGUGUAAUAAUGUGCCUUUCAUUUUUAUCCAGCAUAUUUCUCUCAAUAAGGAUGAUUUUAAAUACCUGUUUUAGUACAGGACUACAUAUAAUAUGAGUCUGAAACCAUGCCUUACUGUUGGUUUACAGCACUUAUCAGUGACUCUGCUCCUGCAUUAAAAUUAUAUCUGUAUAACAACAUUUCAAACCACAGUCUAGAAGUUUUCAAAUCAUUUAUAUUCAAUUCAGGACACAAUAACAUUAUUGGAUUUGAGUUUAUCUUUGAGUGAUUUCUCUCUUUUUUUUUUUAUCUACUUGAAUCAUCUACUUGAAUGUACGAAAAACUUGCAUGGAUUACAUUUUCACAGUCAUCUGUUCGUGAUCCGUGAAGUCAACCUGUGUUUUUAUGAAUUAUUACUGCAUCAUUAAGAGUUUUAUUCUCACUUAUUGGUUUUCUAUCGUUAAAUGAGACAUCAAAUUCAGAGAUACUCCACAGCUGUAAACAAGAGGACCACUUUUUGCAAAGUUUCAUCAGAAAAUUAAUAUCAACCUGUGGAAUUUUACAUUUUUGGAAGAAGCUAAGGAAUAACGCUGAAACUCAGUUGAAGCAAUAAGCAAACCAAAGCAAGAUGAUUCCAACACCCAGCCCCAAUUAAAUAUUAAUUUGACAUUGCUGCCAUCUCCUCUACUGGGAGUAACUCCUAGUAUUUAGACAGUAUUUGUUUAAAACAUCUUUUAAACAUCCAAACUAUAGAAGAAGAGCACAUAUGUUAUAACGGUGCUUGAACACGAUCGAUAGAAAUGUAAAAUAAGUAGAGAAUAAGAAAUCUAUCAGUCUAAUAAUGCUGGAAUAGAUCUUUAAUUUGUAUGUUAUAAUCUAAUCAAACCACUUUGUCACAUAUCAGUCAAUGUGCAAUUUUCACGCUGAACGUGUUGGAGCAGAGUAAAAUGUUUAUGCCUUGCAGAUGUCGAUACUGUUGGAGUCAGAAAAAGCUUUUUUGGGGGGGCAGGGGGGAGCAUACAUUUCACUCUAUUACUCACUUUAGCCUCUUUUUCUCUGUGUUGUCUGUGUAUUCUAUGUACUGUAGUUUGGAUGUGAAGGAUGUUCCUGGCACUCUGUGACCCGGUGGUGUGGGCGUCAGUGUGUGUUGAAGUGCACACACAAGUUCUGUUGAAACAUGAAUUGAGCUUUAGAGUACUCUUCUCAGUGCUACACCAUAGUGUAUAUCCAUUUAGCCACUUACUAAACCAUCAAUUAAGUGUGACUAAGAGUUAGUUUCUAUCUCAUUUCUGUGUUUCACUCCACAAAGCUCAGCAGUAUUAAUUUCAAUGGGGAUUAAAUGUUUAAAAUGACAUUUCAGGAAUAGGUGAAUUGCAUUUCUGUUAAUAAUACCAUGGAUAAAAUCCCACUAAAGUGAAUGUUGAGAGUAAUUUGACUGAAACUGUGCAGAGUGAAGCAGAUUUUGUCUGAGAACCGUUUGUUUGUUUGUUAACGUAGACACAUUUUGAUUGGAAAGAGAAAGGAAGGCAGAGGAAAGAAGGAAGGAAGGAUGGGUUAAAAGAAUCUAGAUGAAAGAAAAACAGCGAAGAGAGGGAACAAAGGAGAAGAAAAGAGGGAUAGGUACGGAAACAAGGAAGAAAGAUGACACAAAAGGAUGUAGAGAGGGAAGAGGGAUAUUGAUGAAGAGGGAUUAAAGAAACUAAAGAAUAGAUUGUUGGAGAGAGUCCUUGUGGUUCAGAUUUGUUUGAUUCAAAGAGUUUUCAAAGAAGAAUAAAGCAGAGGAGAAAAAAAAUAAUGUGCCUAAAAUUUACAGCAGUGGGCUCGUAUUGACUGAAUGUAGUGACUGGGUAUUAUUCACAAAUAUUUAUCUUUUUCAUGCUACCAUCUAUUUUCAGCACCAGUAUGAGAAUCAAAACCUCCAAAUCAGGGAGGAAAAUUAGAGGAAAAAAAAACUGUCAAACUCUGGCUGAAAAUACAAUAAUAAUAAAGUACAGAACCAACAUCAAAAUCAUCCGUAUGCCCUUCUAGAUCAUUCACUCCUGUGCUAUGUGCUAACAGCGGGCUAGCACUUCAGCAUCUACUAUGUUGAAUGAUACUAUAGCGUGUCUAGCAUUACCUCAACUGUGACAAUGAUAAAUGGUGAGGUUAAAAUAGAAUUGAAGGGGGGAAAUGGUAAAAAAAUGUGCAUGCAAAGUUAUAACAAAAAGCAUGAAGUGAAUGUUUGAAUCUGUAGCCAAUAAUAAUAAAACAAAAGAUUAAAGAGUUCUGUUUAUAAAUCAGAAAAGAUCAGUUUUAUUACCUUGGUUACUGGAAAAAAAGAAACCAUGGAGCACUAGAGAAAAUGAUCUACUGUGGCCACAUGGAUGAUUUUGGUGUCAUCAUUCUGAAAAAUUGCACUCCUUUAAGACAGAAUGAGCAGAAAAGCUCAGAAGGAAGACGUCACCUCAGCUUGUGUGUCUCUGUCAGUGCCUGGUGACGCUUCGCUGAGCUACAGUAUGUUGAGAUGUAAACGUUACAUGAAGUUAUUAUUAUAUUACUGUUACUCGUCUGAUAUUAGUACACCAUUUACAUGUAUGCAACUCUUCUCAAGCAUUUAUUUUUAUAUAUUUCUUUGUAAUGACAGUUGGUGUGUUGCUGGUUGAGACCUAAGCCACAGAUUGUUUGACUACUGUUUACAUGCUACUGUAAGAAGCAGCUACACUGCAUACUUUUGACCAUAUUUCUCCUAAAUUCAAUUCAUGCUGGUGUUUCUGUUUUAUAUACACAGUUAACACAAAUAAAAAUGAACUAUUCAAGCAAUUUGCAACUCACUUUUUCAAAAACUUUGACCAACAAGACAUUGUGACACUUUGCAGAGCAUCGUUAAACAUAUCAAGCAUUCUGUAUGUACGGCUUUUUGGUUUUUCGCAGUAUACGAGUUGCACAAGUUGAAGGUACUAAUCAGAGUCUUCUGUUUGAAGAGUUCUGGUACUCCUGGAUCUCCCUUUCACAGAGACCAGUGUAUGAAGGAACCAACUAAAUAACCUCUCUGUCUUAGAAGUAUAACAAUUUUUUAUUAAACUGCUUGUAUUCAAAAAAAAAUCCCAAAAAAGAAGUGUAUCAAUGAUAACCAUGAUUUCUACUAUUGUUUUCCUACAUUUUAUAUUUAUGUAUAUAACAUCUUUUUUGCAUUAAAAGAUUCAUUUUCAAA